UCUGCAAGGCAUUGCGAGUCUUGUGCGAUCAAUUGAAAGUACUAAAAACAAAGCACCGCAGUUAUCUUUGUCUACAACGAGUUUUAGGGUGAUGAACUGCUCAAAGCAUUUGAAUGUGUCGGCAGAGGAAUUGAUUUGUCUUCUGAGUUCUAUAUAUAUAUAUAUAGUUCUAUGGCGCGAACAGCGUGGAAAGCCUGAAUGCAACGAUCGGAGUGUACGGCUUUCGGUUUAGGGCGGACGGUAAUGUCCACAAGAGUGUGCCCACAAAGAUUUGGUCUGAACGUGUCAGGAUGCUCUGAAGGGUCCCUCGGAAUCGGUCGCAAUUUUGAAAUCUAUUAUCAGUACCGGCGGAACAAUUACAUUGGAGUUUCAUCGUGCACUGAAAUUUCACGCUUCCACACGGAAAGGGACGUCACAUGUUGAGAAAAAGAAUGGCAGCUGCUCAACUUUCAUCGCCUGUGCCAAUGGAGAUGCUACAGCUGCCGGUGCCUAUUGUGGAGGAUAUCCUGGAUCGUGUGGGCGACGCAAAAGACAUUUUGAAUGUGCAGUUAGUGUGCAAGUAUUUCUGGGGAAUUGGUGAAAACAUUCGAUCAGUGCGCAUCGUCGUGUUGAAUAGGUUUCAUGAAAGGGCGAGACGAAGUACGGGAUCCCUGGCGUUGGAAGAAAAACCUAGCAUAGCAGGCUCUCCCGAAAGUUUGACAGAUGCUCCGAAAUCGGCUUCGACAAUUAAACACAAAAUAGUCAAAUUUCUGGAGAAUAAGCUGCGUCUAGAGCAGCUACACAUAGAAAUUGAGCCGAUGCUUCAAGCAAAAUCCGUCCCCGAAGAUGAAAGACGGAGGGAUGACUUUUGGAUGAGCGAUCCUGGGUUUUUGAAUCAAUGCGUGGCGCGUGCUGGGUCCCGUCUGCAACACUUGUGCGUGGUAGAUUAUGGCCAGCAGGCUAUAAUGCGCAAAUCUAGUAUUCUCAGAAUUGUUUCUCAAAGCUGUGAGCUUCUUGUCAAACCAUCUCUUUUUGAAGUGCAACUGGGCGAGCCCUCAAAUAUUUUUUGUGGUUGGGUCUGUACCCUCUGGUGUUCACCAGGCAAGCACCUGAGGGUUAUGGAUUUGAGGAAUGCGUUCAUCGACACCACUGAUUGUGAAAUAAUGGCAUCGAUGACGAGUUUGACAUUACGCUGUGUGAAGGUGAAUGGCAGCGCUUUGCAAGAUAUUAAUGCUACAAUGCCAAAGCUUCAGACUUUGGCCCUGCUCAGCGUAUUUGGUGCGGAAGGAGGAGAUUUAUCCUUUGAACACAUGUCAGUACUUUGUCUAGGACUUUCUACUCCAGCAAAAAAGGUGAAUAUGUACCUUCCGAACCUUACGAAGUUACAGUUGAAGAUGCAAUGUCCUAAGGAUCUAUGCAUCAGGGCACCUGUUUUGAAGUACGUCGCCUUCAACCUGGACGUGGCUCAGGGCUCCAAAGUUGAAUUGUUUUGUGUGAAUGAAGCUUUAGAAACUACUAUUACGAGUACAGUGCCGACAAUGAAGGGAAAGAGUUGUAGUAAUGUCGAAGUCCAGCUGGAGAAUAGUCUCGGCCUACUAGAGCUGUUGUAUGGAGCGUCAAGUUUUAUAACUUUUUCGAAUCUGGUGUUGUCGAAUCCAAACCUUAGAAAGAUUUUUCUGGAUGUUCCUUGUAUGGCUCUUGCUGAUGAUGGAAGGUUUCUCGAAGUGCUGAAAAAUGUACAGUUGAACUUGCCAAGAUUCAGCUGUUUACACAGUUGUCGGGAUCUGAAGGUGUUGAACAUUGGACCCGGAUUAUGGUACUGUAUGGAAACGAGUGUGGAGACGCUUUUGUUAGAGGAGGCGUGGCCUUCGAUGCAGAAACUAAUCCUUCACAUGAUCCCUCACAACCUAGAGGCUUCAGCGAAGGUCUUGGGUCUCCUUCUCAGAACUUCAGUUACUUCUGUGGUAAUUUACAUACACACUUCAAGUCCUGUAACAUCCAAAGAACUCCAACCCAAAAUCCAGGAGCAGGUGGCAAAUUGUGAGCAGGACAUCAAGUUGGAGAUCUUGGCUUGGACGAAGAGUCUGGACUUCUCCUGCUUUAGCUUCUAAAACUUCAGGAACGAUUAGCAGGAGUUCAUUGACUCUAAUUCGAGGGGUUGGAUUCUCGUUCAUGCGGCUCAAGUCAUAUCUGUCGACAAAAAAGUGGGGAACCAUCAAAGGUGGUGCAACUCACCACUACAUCCAAGGCAAAGUGGACAGAAACUGUGGCUAGAUGAAGUUCACGAAGAGGCUCACCACCUUCGACUUGACAUCCUUGCGUCCAUUGCUCUCAAGGAACAACAGUCAACCUCGGUAGCUGUUCAACGAGGUGGUCUCGGAAGGAGUUGCAAGCUGCACAAGAAUGGACUUGGUAAAGGUGAAAGAAGCAGCUCUUCAGGUCCCUCCAGACUCUGCACCAAACCAUACCUGAAAGCUUGUGUCAUGAAUCCGAGGGUAUUUUGUCACCUAAAACUAUCAGGCCCCACAAUAGUUUUCAGCACAAGUAGGUAGUAAUCAAAUAUAUAUGGUGGUAUACCAUACAACAUGUUGUAUACAGUAUUGUCAGCAAUGUGUCUUGUGAUCAGCCAAUGUAUGCUGUUUGAGAAGCUCAAAUCCGGUUGUGAAGCUACAUUCAUGCAACUAUUACAAUACAAACCAUAUGAAAUAGUAAUAAUAGUAAUAAUAUUUAAAGUGCAA